AUGGCUGCACAAAAUUCCCAAGGAAUUACAACUUUACUUGAAGCAGAAAAAGAAGCCGCAAAGACAGUUCAACGUGCAAGACAAUAUCGCGUUCAAAGAUUAAAAGAUGCUAGAACAGAAGCAGCGAAAGAGAUUGAAGCUUUAAAAACACAAAAAAAUGCAGAAUUUCAGGAAUUUGAAGCAAUGCAUACUGGCUCGUCAGAUCAAUCAUUUGCAAGGGUGACAACAGAAACAGAACAAAAAUUACAAGAAGUUCAGGCAGCUGUACAGAAAAAUCAUUUGCUAGUGACAGAACGACUUUUGACUGCAAUUACAAAAGUAGAACCAAAGAUUCAUCGGAAUUUUAGACAUGUUGAACAAUCGUAG